UCUUUAACAAAGUUGAAUAUCAAAUGCUUUAAAAUUCUUAACAUUUUGUUGUAAAAUGUUUAAGCCGUUCAAGAACUUCAUUAGUUAUAUACAAAAGAAUGCCACUUCCACGACAAUAUUUGGUGCUCAAUGUAAUAUAGCCAAUAACAGCGAAGCUGAGCAGCAAUCGCUAACUUUACCCUCUAAUUGUAGAGAAAGUCAAGAUUCUCCUAAGAGAAAAGCAACGGAUAUUUUAAAAAAAAUGGAACCGACGAAAAAAAUGAAACUUGAGGAUUACAGUGUUGCCACUGUAAUUGAUAAGGACAUCAUGAAAAGUAAUUUUGACUAUGGUGAUGUCGAUAUAGAAACACAAUUAAAAACUACAAUUAUACCAUUAAAAAUACCGACGAAAAGCAGUAAAAAUGCCUUCUGUGGUGAUAAUGACGAAAAAGAAAUUAUCGUUUCAGAAAAUUUAAAUGAACCGGAAGGUAUUAAUGGUAAAGAAUAUAUCAAUUUGCAAAAUAAGGAAAUAAAUGGCUCAACUGAAGACUUUUACUCGGUAAGCAGUAUUGAACUGAAUUGUGAUGAAGACACAGCUGAAGAGAUCGUCAUCGAAGACGAAGAUGUGGAAGAAAAUUUUGUUGAUUUAUCACAGGACGAGGAUACUUAUACUGCUGAUAGAGAAAUAAUUGUGAUAACUGAUGUGGAAAUGAAUUCGUCUUUAGCUUCGGAAGCUCCUUCUGAGGAUCCACUAGCACUUGAGGAUUUUGCAUCCGCUUGUAGCAAAAAAACAUUUUCAACAUCUAUAGAUGAAUCUACAAUUGAUGAAGGUUCAGCUAACGAAGAUAUUAUAUGGUUAGAUGUUAGUUCAGAAAAGUCAAAAGAAUCAAUAACACUACAUUUCGAUAAGGACUUAUGUGAUACCACACCAAAUAGCACUUUAUCUAGUUCAUCCAUAGAAACACCACAACGAACUGCACCAAAGUCAGCACACUCUCAAGAAAGUAACUUAAUCAGCAGUCAAACGACUGCCGUUGUUGAUACCACAGACGAGCUGCCCAGUGAUAAUUCAGACUCAGGUUUAGGUAAUGAAACUAUAAGAUGCACUAUAGAUGCUAACUCCUUAGCUGCUGCCUCAAGCACAACACCAAAAUCGCCACUACAAAAAUCUACCAAACAAAAUGAAAAUUUUGUUAAUACUUCGCCAAAUCAUUCGAUAACUCCACUUAGAAGUGCGUUGCGGUCCAGUCUAAAGCGCCGUUUUAUAGAUAAUAGCACUGAAUCAGGAGUAGUGGAUGAAAAAAAAGAGAAGCGUUCAAUUAAUUUUGACUCAGUGCAAGUGUUUUAUUUUCCACGGCAACAAGGUUUUGGAUGUGUGCCAUCGACAGGUGGUUGUACCCUUGGUAUGGGUGCGCAGCAUGUAUCUUUUAAAACUCUUACCUUAGCUGAACAUGCUGCAGAAAUCAGACGUGCCCAUCGGUUACAAUUACAGGAGAUAAACCCGCGCGGCUCUUCUGAGGAUGAGACUGAAGAAUCCGAAGAAGACUAUUUGAGUGAAGGCAGUGGAUCAGAUUUAGAUGGUGAAACAAAUGGUUUCCUACAACCAGUUUCUCCACGGCAAAGACGAUCAAUAUUAAAGGCAGCGGGAGUACGUAAAAUUGAUGCAAGCGAAAAAAAGGAAUGCAGAGAUAUACGAAACUCUCGUGACAAUUGUGGAUGCACUUGUCGAGAUUUUUGUGAUCCGGAAACAUGUUCAUGUAACCAAGCAGGGAUCAAGUGUCAGGUUGAUCGUCUUAUGUUUCCCUGUGGUUGUUCACGAGAUGCAUGUGGUAAUACUAUCGGUCGCGUGGAAUUUAACCCAUCACGUGUACGUACGCACUUUAUUCAUACAAUUAUGCGUUUAGAAAUGGAGCAGCGUCCUCAGCAAAGUCCAAACAAUGGUCUCGGCUAUGGUUUACAGUCAGUUGGGGCACACGUGUUAAAUUCACCACCGCAUCAGCUCGCAACAAAUUUUUAUUUAUCAAAUAUGCAUUCACAAUCAAACUAUAGCUCAGGAUAUGCCUCACCUGCUUAUAAUAAUAAUGAACAUACUGCCAAUUAUUAUCAGUCGCAACAAGAUCACCAACAGUUACCUCCUACGCAUUACAAUAGCGUAUCAAGCACACAUUUUGGGCUAGAAGGUUUAGAUUCAAAUCUAUUUAAUGGCACUACCAGUUCAACACCUGCUUAUGGCGAAAUAAUUCCUGCCUAUGGUAAUAUGAGCACUGCCCCUUCUCAUACACCGUAUUAUACCAUCAAUUAUCCAAAUGUUAAUACUGGUAUACAAAAUCAGGUAUCAGAAUAUUCACCUUACCAUCUGCCUUCAUCCACGAGUUACCUACCACAAGCAACAUUUAGUUCGUGUGCGGUACCUUCUGAACCACCGUACGGUUCGGCUACAACUACAGCAACUACUACGCAGUAUCAUAGUGGUUCUCCAAUAAGCCUUGAUACCACCGCCUCAACUAGUUGCACUGCAAUUGAAGCAAGCGAAACUAAUUUCAUUAAUUUGAGCGCCCCAAUCGCUAGUUCCUCGCGCUUGUCACAAAUAAAUGAUUUACUACAACAUAAUCGGAAUACCACAGCAGCCUUAGUAGCUGUUACAGAGAGUGCGACUGCGAGUGCGAGUGCAAGUGCGAGUACAAACUGUUUAGCGUCACAUACCGUAGUACUUUCACAUACAGUAACAGUCGUAAAUGAUUCCAUAGAUACUCCACCGAUUGAAAACAUGCCCAAGCCGUACACAGUUUUCGAGGAACUGAAACCAGCAAUAAUUGUUUCUGAUAUAAGUAAGCAAUGCAACGAUGAAAUUGAAUUAGAAACUGUAUGUAUCGAUAGUGACAGCAGCGUAGAAGUAGUUGAUGUUGAUAAGUCUACCGAACUAAAUUGCAAUUCACCAGUUGACAUAAUUGUAGAUAAUCUAGAUGCCGUUAUUGAAAUUAAAUCGGAUGAUUUUGACGCCGCUGAUGUUGAUAAUAUUGAUAAAGGAAAUGAUAAAAAUGAUAUAGAAGAAAUAAUUGAAAUAAAAACUGAUGGCAACUUUGUGGAAAGUCAGAAUAUAGAAAAGCUAGAUUAUACAGAAAAUGCUGGAGACAAUGAAGAAUUAGUUGAGAAAAAAAUUAUAAGUGAUUUCGUAGAAAACGUGGAAGCUAAUGAAACUAAAAAUGAAAUACAAAACAGUGAACCAGAGCAACACAUUGAGACGGUUACAAUCACAAAAGCAAUUUUAAUUAUUGAGACUGUCGAGGAUACAGAUAAUUCUAAGAGUUUAGAUAACAGCAUGGAACUUACAGAAGCUUUAACAACUCGCAAGGAAAUUAUUGAUGAGAUUAAUGAAAAUACUAAUGAUACUAAAAUUAGACUUAUCAAGAAUGAGACAAAUGAUGUAGAUGUUGUUGAAAAAAUUGAUUGUAUUAACGCAAGUAACGCAAGUUGCGAAGUAGUUGAUAAAGAAGAAGAACUUAAGCAUUCUGUUUGUAUAGAUGUUGAAAAUUCUCCAGAAGUAGUAGAAUCUGUAGAAGUAAAACUAAAUAUUUGUGCUGAAACAGAAAAAGUGAAUUGUAUUGAAGAUAAAGUAAAUAAAUCUGUUGUACCAGAAGUUCAUGAAGAAACAGCAUGCUCUGGACAACUAACUCAAAAAAUUCAAAGUUCUGUGGAAGCUGAAAAUAUUGAUAACAUAUCUGGUAAACCAGUCAAAUGCGAUUAAAAUUACUUUAAAGAAAUCAUUACUUAUUUGAUACUAAAUAUAUUUACUUAAGAGA